CCCCCCCCCCUCCCCUCCUUCCCCUGGUUCCUGAUGCUCCUUCACUGAAUCAAUGUCGUCCCUCCUGGACAAACUAUCCGCCGGCACCCUCGACCAGAUCGAGAGCCUACGGACACAGGUUCAUGACGAUGCCAUCCUGGUCGAGGUAGCGUGGGAGGUGGCAAACAAAGUUGGAGGUAUCUACACUGUGAUUCAAACGAAGGCGAAGGUCACAACAGAUGAAUGGAAUGACAACUACUUUCUGAUGGGUCCGUACUUUGAGCACAACGUCAGGACGCAGGUGGAGCUGGAGGUACCCCAGAACCCCGUGAUCAAACGGACCAUUGAUUCGAUGAACUCCAAGGGCUGUAAGGUUUACUUUGGGAAGUGGCUGAUUGAGGGCAAUCCGUGCGUGAUCCUGUUUGACGUGGGAUUUUCCUCCUGGAACCUGGAGCGCUGGAAGGCGGAGCUGUGGGACUGCUGUGCCAUCGGAGUGCCCUGGCACGACCGGGAAGCCAACGAUGCCAUCCUCUUCGGGUUCCUCAUCGCCUGGUUCCUGGGAGAGUUUCUCAGCCAGUGCGAGGAGAGCUGCCCUUUCAUCAUCACUCACUUCCACGAGUGGCUGGCCGGCGUGGGUCUCAUCAUGUCCAGGUUCCGCAGGCUUCCCAUAGCCACCAUCUUCACCACGCACGCCACACUUCUGGGCCGCUACCUGUGUGCUGGAAAUGUCGACUUCUACAACAACCUUUCAAAUUUUGACGUGGACCGCGAGGCGGGAGAGAGGCAGAUUUACCACCGCUACUGCAUGGAGCGCGCGGCUGUCCACUGCACGCACGUCUUCACCACAGUGUCGCAGAUCACAGCCGUGGAGGCUGAAUACCUGCUGAAGUGCAAACCUCAUGUGAUCACUCCAAAUGGACUGAACUUGAAGAGGUUCUCUGCCAUGCACGAGUUCCAGAAUCUGCACUCCAGGAACAAGACGCGGAUCCAAGAGUUCAUACGGGGCCACUUCUACGGACAUUUGGACUUUGACUUGGAUAAGACUCUGCAUUUCUUCAUUGCCGGCCGAUACGAGUUCACCAACAAAGGGGCGGAUGUAUUCCUGGAGGCACUGGCACGCCUCAACUACCUUCUCCGGACUCACCAAAGUGCUGUGACGGUCGUUGCUUUCUUCAUCAUGCCUGCCCGCACCAACAACUUCAAUGUGGAGUCCCUGAAGGGCCAGGCCGUACGCAAGCAGCUGUGGGACACGGCCAACACAGUGAAGGAGAAGUUUGGGAAGAAGAUGUACGAAUCGUUGCUGGUAGGGGAGAUACCGAACAUGAACAGAAUGGUUGACCAGGAAGACAUCAGCAUGAUGAAGCGAGCACUCUACUCUGCACAGCGGCACACCUUGCCUCCCGUCUGCACACACAACAUGUUGGACGACUCCACCGAUCCCAUCCUCAACACCAUCCGGCGAAUCGGCUUGUUCAACCAUUCCAACGACCGGGUCAAGGUGAUCUUCCACCCAGAGUUCCUGUCCUCCACCAGCCCACUGUUGCCGCUCGACUACGAGGAGUUUGUCCGCGGCUGUCACCUGGGAGUCUUCCCCUCCUACUACGAGCCCUGGGGUUACACGCCAGCGGAGUGCACGGUGAUGGGAAUUCCCAGCGUUUCCACCAAUCUCUCCGGUUUCGGAUGCUUCAUGGAGCAACACAUCACGGACCCUUCUGCCUACGGCAUCUACAUCUUGGACCGGCGCUUCAAGGGCUUGGACGAGUGCUGCAACCAGCUGACCUCGUUCCUCUACAGCUUCUGCCAGCAGUCCCGGCGCCAGAGGAUCAUUCAGAGGAACCGCACCGAGCGUCUCUCCGACCUGCUGGACUGGAACUACCUGGGCCGGUACUACAGCCAGGCCAGACUGCUGGCUCUUGCCAAAGCCUUUCCUGAUCAAUUCACCAUUGACGAGUCAGGAGGAUCAGACGGCUACCACUACACUGCCACAUCAUCGUUCAACAAUACCCCCAAGUUCUCGUUGGAGUCCAGUCCACACAUCAGUGACACGGAGCGCUACACUGAGGAGGAGGAGACUGCGAAAGAUCGCUCCAGCAUCAAGAUAGAGACCAUCGAUGACCUCAUCCCCGAACUGACCAGAACUCUCAAGGCCAGCUUCGGAUCCCAGUUCUCAUCCACCACCGACAUUCCACCAAAGAACAGCGACAGUUCCGACUCCUCCGACCCCAACGCCAACAUCAUGUCUCCCAUAGGCUCCCCCAAUGCCACGGGCCCCAUCAGUGCCACCACCUACCCCAUCCACCACACCACCUACCCCAUCCGCCCCACCCCCACCACCGCUGCUGCCCCUCCCAUAUUUGGCAUUGACACGCCUCCCAUUGUGCCCCCCAAAGCAUCUACCAAUAUCACCGCCGCCACCCAACCCACCCAACCCACCCAACCCAUCCAAGCCAAAGAGCCAACCAAUGCCAGCACCUCAACCAGUUCCCUCAAUCCCGCCAAUCCCACCAGGAUGAGCAAGGCCAGCAAGAAGUCGUGAUCCCAGUAUCCAAGAUGAUUGCACUGGAUCGAGUGCAGGUGGGGGACACAUAAAUGAUGCAGUGGCCUGGCAUCCUACCACAUGCCCGUGCCGAGCUGGCCUCCAACACUACUGGAAUGGGGAACAAAGCAGAAUGGUCAAUAAACUGCUGUGACAAUCCUUUGGCCAUUGAUCAUCU